AUGAUUCGCCACCGGUCUUACAACGCCACGGCGUGUGGUGAUGGCUUCUUCGGCCCGGCGGUUUGGGCCGAUGGCUGUCGAGGUGGCUUCGACUUUACACUGUCGUUUGAAGAAAGCAUCUUGUCCACGCUCCCCGCUGCUCUGUUUCUCCUAUUGUCCAUUCCACGAGCCUUCUACCUCCUACGAACUCCCGACAAGGCGAAGCGACGAUCAGCUUAUACACCAAAACUAAUCGCAUCAAGUGCAUAUGCAGGCAUCCAAGUCGGCGCCCUAGCCAUCGUCGCCUCUUCACGACUCCUCAACACCAGAUUCUCUCUCGCCGCCGCCAUUCUCAACCUCAUCGCCGCGUGCUGCAUCGUUCUCCUCUCGCACAUCGAACACGUCAAAUCCAUACGUCCAUCUUUCCUCCUUACCUCGUAUCUCUUCACGUCCCUCCUUUUCGACGCUGCCCGGCUACGAACGGAAUGGCUUCUGUCUGUGAAUGUCGCGUAUGCGGCAGUGCUCUCUACUUCAACCGCUCUCAAGCUGGCCCUGCUAGUGCUGGAGAAUGUCGAGAAGAGGAGGAUCUUGGUAGACUCGAGCAAGGAACCGUCGACAGAGAGCACCAGCGGUCCCUUUAACCGCGGCUUUUUCAUCUGGCUCAACUCGCUGCUUAUUUCUGGUUGGGCUACCGUUUUGACAAUGCACGACCUCCCCGCUAUUUACGAGAAACUCUCUUCUGAGAAGCUGGCUGUUAUUUUCACAAAGCGAUGGGAUAAGGUCACCCGCGAUGGACCAAAGGCAUCCCUCUUUCUCAACACUGUCUGGAUCCUCAAGCUCGAAAUCGCCGGUAUUGCUCUUCCUCGAUUGGCUACGGUUGCCUUGACAAUUGCGCAGCCAUUCCUCGUAUCCCAAGCGCUACGAUUUCUCGCCAUGCCCAAGGACGAUCACUCUGAUAAUAUCGGCUACGGAUUGAUUGGUGCCUUUGCUCUUGUCUUUGUCGGAUCAGCUAUCUUGACGGCAUGGUACGAACAUCUCACCUUUCGAGUUGGCGCCAUGAUUCGAGGAGGCCUAAUUGGCCUGAUUUACCGCAAGAUGUUGAGGCUCUCGGCAAGCGAACUGAGCGAAUCUUCGGCUGUUACGCUUAUGGGCAAUGACAUUGAGACUCUAGCCGAGCGAGCAAACGCUUUGCUCAUCGAAGGCUGGGCUAACACACUUACCGUCGGUAUCGCCGUCUACAUGUUGUACGCACAGCUGGGCGCUGUCUGUGUUGCUCCCAUCGUUAUGGCUAUUGUAUCAAUUGUCUUGUGCUGGUUUAUUGGAAAAGUCUUGGUCAAACGCCAGACCGUUUACCAGAAGGCAACACAGGCUCGCAUCAACUUCACUUCUGAAGUGCUCGGCUCCAUUAAGGCCGUCAAGAUGCUGGGUUAUACUGAACGUUUUACUGACCUCCUUGAAGACAAACGUGACCAGGAUUUGAACGUUGGCAAACACUACCGACAAAUGAUUGUGUGGGCCAACACCGUCGGAAACGCAAACGUCAGUCUGACCCAGGCUGCUACCUUUGGCGCCUACGCCAUUGUCGCCAAACUCAGUGACAACCAGUCCUUCUCAGCAUCACAAGCUAUCACGGCGCUUUCUAUCCUUAACGUCAUGAUCAACCCUCUCAGCUUCCUCCUAGGCAACAUUUCGUCUGCUUAUGCUGCAUUUGGAUGUUUCAAGCGUAUCCAGGAGUUUCUCCUGCUUAACGAAAGAGUUGAUAGCCGCGAGAUCUGCGCACAACCGGGACUUUCAACGAAGAGCGAAGAAGUCGGAUCACAAAGAAGUAGUAUUGAGCUUCGCACGCUUGAUCGCGAUAACGAAAAAGGCGCCCGUGUCUCUAUUGCUGGAGGAGACUUUGCCUGGAAGGAGAAGAAAGUGUUGAGCAACAUUAGCGUGUCCUUUUCACAAGCACAAUCGGGAUCCCUCACCAUGAUUGUUGGUCCAAUUGGUUCCGGAAAGUCAAGUCUGCUCAAGGCCAUUCUUGGAGAAACAUCCUCGACCGGCGGAAAAGUCUCACUCUCGACACCCAGCAUCGCUUUCUGUGAUCAGACUCCUUGGGUGAUAAAUGCGACAAUCCGGGACAAUAUUGUGGCGGAAUCUGGGCACUUCGAGGACAAAUGGUUCGAUACGGUUGUUGAGGCUUGCGAUUUGACUCAGGAUUUUAGUCGGUUGCCAGAAGGAAUUGCGACAGUUGUUGGAGAUAAGGGAGUGAAGCUUAGCGGAGGCCAGAAACAACGACUUGCAAUCGCCCGUGCGAUAUACGCUCGAAAGCCGGUAGCCAUCUUUGACGACGUGUUUAGUGCACUGGAUAAGGCAACGGAACGCAUCGUAUUUGCUCGUGUAUUCAGCCAAGACGGUCUUCUCCGACGCAGUGGUGCAACAGUGAUUCUUGCCACACACUCUGUUCAUCUUCUGCCCAAUUCCGACCACAUCAUCGCCCUAGGCCAAGAUGGCCAAGUCAUCGAGCAAGGAUCUUUCGCAAAGCUUCAGGAGAGCGGCAAAUACGUCCAGAGUCUCGACGUCACGGAUCCUCACUCCGACAGCGACAGCGAAACUGCCUCCAAAAAGGACAUCGAAGAGACUGAGAAGAGCAAUGAGAGCAUCGAGGAGGAAGAAGUAGAACAAGAAAUGGAAGAGCAAGGGACGGUUUCAAGUGACCGCAGCACUUUCAAGUACUACUUUGGCGCAAUGCGGCCCCUAAGCUUGGCUGUUGGCGGUGCAUAUAUUGUUGGGCAGGCAUUUUCAUCGACUUUCAGAUCUGUUUGGCUUACCUGGUGGGGUGAUGGCCGAGGACGCUCGAGCAACGACGUCGGAUACUGGUUGAGCAUCUUUACCGUCAUGGCCGUCAUAGAGGCUGUCCUUAUCUCUCUGGCAAUCAUGCACUUUUUGAUUAUUCUUGGACCAGCAGUCAGCAAAAAGUUCCACAGCAGAAUCUUGAACGCAGUCAUGAAAUUUAGUCAAGACUUGCGUCUGGUAGACAUUGACCUUCCUGUGGCCCUCGCCAUCUUCCUUUUUGAUGUAUCAACUUGUAUCGGUGUGACGGGACUGGCAGUUGGAGCCGUCGGCUACUUCGCCGCCUCCCUGCCCUUUGUCAUCAUCGUCCUCCUCAUGAUCCAACGCUUCUAUGUCCGAACAUCCAAGCAGCUCCGUAUUCUAGAGAUCGAGCACAAAGCACCACUAUACUCCCACUUCCUCGAAUCCAUCAACGGCCUCGCCACAAUCCGCGCCUUUGGCUGGACUGUCCCCUACUCACACAAAAAUCUGUCUCUCCUCGACAACGCCCAAAAGCCCUCCUAUCUUCUCAACUGCAUCCAGCGAUGGCUCACCCUCGUGCUCGACCUCGUAGUCGCAGUUCUCACCGUUCUGCUCGUCGUCUUUGCUGUGGUUCUCAGGGGAAAGCUCAAUCCAUCCCUCCUUGGUGUUGCGCUUGUCAAUAUGAUGAACUUGGGUCUCAAUCUCAAGGGCAUUAUCCUUGCAUGGUCUCAGCUGGAAACGUCGCUCGGAGCUGUUACCCGCAUCAAGACCUUUGAAGAAACCACCCCUUCGGAACUGCUCCCCGAAGAAAGCUAUACGCCCCCUGAAGAAUGGCCUGCUCAAGGCUCUCUCGAAUUCGUCAACCUCUCCGUACAAUACGACUCAACCUCCCACCCCGUCCUCCAAAACAUCUCCAUUGCAAUCAAGCCCGGCCAAAAGCUCGGCCUCGUCGGCCGCAGCGGCAGCGGCAAAAGCUCCCUCAUCCAAGCCCUCUUCCGCAUGGCCAACACCCCCGCCGGCCAGAUCCUCCUCGACGACCAGGACAUCGCCGUGGUCCCCAAGCCCCUCAUCCGCCAGAAGCUCAGCUGCCUCACCCAAGAUCCUGUCCUCUUCACCAACACCAUCCGGUUCAAUGCCGAUCCCCUUGGAGUUCACUCUGACGAGGCUAUUGUCAGCGCUCUGCAGCGAGCUGCUAUCUGGGAUGUCAUCAUUUCUAAGAUCGACGCGGAUAAGAAUCCUCUUGAUGAGAAGAUGGACGAGAAUUUCUUCUCUCACGGACAGAGACAGCUGUUCUGUCUUGGAAGAGCUCUUCUUAAGAAGAGCAGCAUCCUCAUUCUCGACGAACCAACGAGCAAUAUCGACAACCAAACCGACGCCCAAAUCCAGGCUGUCAUCAAAUCAGAGUUCAAAGACCGCACGGUCAUUAUGAUUGCGCAUCGUCUCGACUCAUUACUCGAUUUCGAUACCAUCGCUGUUCUUGAAGAUGGAGCGCUGGCGGAGAUUGGUGCCCCGGAGGAACUGCUCUUGAAGGGCGGUGCUUUCUCGAAGCUUUACGCUUCUGAUAAAACAAACAAGAGGAGGAGUUCAGACGAAAUUUCACGAGAAUAAACGGUCCUCGCUGUACGAUUACGAG